CCGGACGUGCGUAUUAUAUAUUAUUAUUGAUGGAUGUGCGUGCAUGCAUGCAUGCAGAUGUUCGUCACGGGACAUUGGAAAAAUACGAUUAUGGGAACGCGGAAGUGAACAUGCAGCACUACGGCGGAAGAAAGCCACCCCUCUACGACUUGAGCCGCAUCCCGAAGAACCUUCCGGUGUUCAUAAGCUACGGAGGUGCAGACCAGAUGGCUGACGCCGCCGACGUGAAAGUUCUGCUGGGAGAGUUGAAACCGGCGUUGAACCCUGACAUGUUGCGGGUUCAGUACGUCCCCAACUACGCUCACUACGACUUCAUCAUGGGACUCAAUGCCAAUCAUCUUGUUUAUACCCAACUUAUUGCCUUCCUUGAUCCCCUCAAAUAGCUAGCUCAAUUCAUUACAACUCCCUCAUCCAUACAUGUAUAGUAAAAUGCAAUAUAAACCCAUGGCCACCGAGCUAGCUAGCUAGUAUAUAU